GCGCGCAUUCGCGAUAAUCAGAGACGUUCCCGCGCCCGUCGGAAAGAGUACCUCCAGGAGCUCGAAGCUCGCUUACGACAAUGCGAACUCCACGGUAUCGAAGCGUCGGCGGAGAUCCAGAUGGCAGCAAGGAGGGUGGCCGACGAGAACAAGAAGCUUCGGGCCCUGUUGGCGCAGCAUGGCAUUAGAGACGAUGCUAUCGAGGCCUAUCUACAGAAUUCAGCCACGGGCGAUGCGUCGGUGAAUGGCCAGUUCGGAAGCAGCAGUCCAUCUGUCCAGGUCCUCCAACAAUUACUCCAAACGCGCAAGACAAUCGGUGUAGAUGGAAAUAUCGCGGUAACUGUGAAUCCUAUGCCCAGGAGCCGGGAAAGCUCCCUCGCCAGCGCCAGUACUGUGCAGUCAAUGUGGGAACCAAUCCAUGCAUCAAAUACGAAUGGCCGGGCGCGAUCCGGGCCUCUACAACAUGCGAGCAGGGCCGCUACAUCACAUCAAUUCAUGACUCCAAGCAGUACGACGAGAUCAACAACAAGUAGCAUCAGUCACGAUUCCAGCCACAGCGUCCAACAUCAUCAAAGAUUGGCUCCCGUUGCGAUAUCCCGCAACCCUAGCCCGGCGUCGAAUAUGGCCAACCAUCCUCAGAUGUUCGACCUGGACCCGCAACUAUCCCAAUCAAAUCCGCCCUCCUAUAACACACAUCAAUCAGCACCACAACAACACUGGCAAUCCCAGAAUGCGCCGCAGAGAUCAUCUAUAUAUACACCAACAACCACGACCAGUCCAAAUCUCAAUAGCUGUGUCUUUGCAGCUGACAUGAUUACGGCGAUGUCUGGACGCGAUCCAAAUGACGUGAGUGCUGAGUUGGGAUGUAUGCCCGGCAUGGACUGCGAGGUCGAUAACCACUUGAUUUUCAACGUGAUGGAUCAGUAUACAGGGACAAGUGUUGGGUUAUAAUACACUGGGGUUGCGUCCCACGGUGGAAGAUUCAUGCCUGGUAAUAGAGGCGACAUCGAUAGGCUGCCCGAGGAAGCGCCAGUUGCUGGGUUUUGAUUCCAUUCGCAACUGGGUCGGUCAGCCAUCCUGGAGGGGGGCUGCAAAUGGGUUCCGGUCAUAUGAGGCGUUAGCGACUAUCUAAGGUACCUGCAUUUUCAGAGGUCUGGAGUUGAAUGUCCAAAUUUCUUUGCUUACUGUUUAUAUCCCCUGUCUCGCAGAGCAUUCCAAUGCAUUUCCCGGCAUUGAUGGCAGGCAUUGACGGCAUGAUGUAUUAUCAGCA